CGGCAAAAUAUCGUACGAGUCAUACGAGUUUUAAACCGUCUUUAUUUACACAUAGGAACAUUUUUUCAUAGAUAUCGACUAAAACGUGAUACGUAUCUGGAAAUACUAAUAUCCGAAAUUCAAUAAAAAAUAUUGUUUUAAGUAAGUUGGAACAUUUGUCUAGUUGUCCGGAACUAUGUUUGUUUUCUAUGUUUCACUCGGAAGCUUUUUGCUGUCACACUGACGUUGGGAAAUCUGAUGCAAGCGGAAUGUAUUGAAGAAAAAGCCGGCUCCUGAAACACGAAACGGGCCUACAUACAUCUGGUAAAUUCCCAUAACACAAGAAAAAUCCUCCAGGUCCUGCACAUUCUCUGCUUUUCCAGCAUCUUCUGCAUAUUUGACCCCUUUCCAACAGCAGCUAUAUGACCAAAUGAUAACACUUAGGACAACUGAGGGAAUCAAACACAACUAUUACAAAAGGAUAAAAUAUGGCAGACUGUCAGGGAGACACCGCUUGUGAUCUGACCCCCAUGGAACUUUACGAGAAAUUGAACCUCCAAGGAGACCAAGUCCGAGCCCUAAAGGCAGAGAAAGCUGCUAAAGCCGAGAUCGAUGCUGCUGUACAGCUGCUGCUGAAGCUGAAGGUUAAUUACAAAAAGAUGACAGGACAAGAAUACAAGGCUGGUUGUCCCCCCACUGAAGAAGUUCCAUCAAGCAAUAAUGGACCAGCUCUAGAGGAUGGAGAUGACCAGGUGGACCCCUGGAACGUGUCCACCACCAGUGCCAAAGGAGUGGAUUACGACAAGCUCAUAGUGAGGUUCGGAAGCAGUAAGAUUGAUCAGGAGCUUAUCGACAGAAUAAGCAGAAUCACAGAGCAAACACCUCACCGCUUCCUCCGCCGAGGAGUCUUCUUCUCUCACAGAGACAUGCAUCAGGUUCUGGACGCCUACGAGAACAAGAAGGCGUUCUUUCUCUACACAGGCAGAGGGCCUUCCUCAGAAGCAAUGCACGUGGGCCACCUUAUUCCCUUCAUCUUCACUAAGUGGCUUCAGGAUGUGUUUAACGUACCUUUGGUCAUCCAGAUGACCGAUGAUGAGAAGUAUCUGUGGAAGGACCUGACGCAGGAACAGUGUCGCCGCUUCGCUGUAGAGAACGCCAAAGACAUCAUCGCCUGUGGAUUUGAUGUCAACAAGACCUUUAUUUUCUCAGAUCUAGACUAUAUGGGCUUGAGUUCAUCAUUCUAUAAAAAUGUGGUGAAAAUACAGAAACAUGUAACUUUUAACCAAGUUAAAGGCAUUUUUGGAUUCACAGACAGUGACUGCAUUGGGAAGAUCAGUUUUCCUGCAAUACAGGCAGCUCCUUCCUUCAGCAGCUCUUUCCCACAGAUCUUCAAUGGCAGGACAGAUUUGCAGUGUCUCAUCCCCUGUGCUAUUGACCAGGACCCAUAUUUCCGCAUGACACGAGACGUUGCUCCUCGAGUAGGCUACCCCAAGCCCGCUCUUCUACACUCCACUUUUUUCCCUGCAUUACAAGGAGCUCAGACCAAGAUGAGCGCCAGUGACCCGAACUCCUCCAUCUUCCUGACUGACACAGCCAAACAGAUCAAAACAAAGAUCAACAAGCAUGCAUUCUCCGGGGGGAAAGACACUAUAGAGGAGCACAGGAAAUACGGAGGAAACCCAGAUGUGGAUGUGUCAUUCAUGUACUUGACCUUCUUCCUCGAGGAUGACGAGCAGCUGGAGAAAAUCCGACAGGAUUAUUCCAGUGGAGCACUCCUGACUGGAGAACUUAAGAAAUGUCUAAUUGAAACCCUUCAACCAAUGAUCGCAGCUCACCAAGAAAGACGCAAACAAGUUACAGAUGACUUAGUCAAGCAGUUUAUGACUCCACGGAAGCUAGACUUCGAUUUCUAGUCUAAGAAAGAAACGGAACUGAAGGGGGAAGAGGAACUGUUAGCUCUCAUUGUAUGAAUUAUGUUCUAGCUCAUUGUACAGUAUCGCAAUAUCCACAACACACCAGGACCAGUCAUAUGCUUUUGAUCAAAGAAAAUAUGACACUAUGACAGUGUUACAAAAAGCAUCACAGAGAUGUCCAGCAAGAAGUCAUACAAAUAAACCAGAUGAAUAACA